AUGGCUUUUGACCUCGACCUCAUCGUCCGGAACGGCAUCGUUGUCACUGCGUCAGACCAGGUCGCGUGUGAUAUUGGGAUCAAGAACGGAAAAGUGGUUCUGCUCGCGCAGGGGAUUCCUGCGCAGGAAGGGUGUCAGGACAUCGAUGCCGAGGGGGGUUAUGUGACGCCGGGCGGCGUUGACAGUCAUGUUCACCUCGCACAGUCAGCGGCCGCGAAAUCAUUUGGUGCGCGGUCGGCAGACGACUGGACGAGCGGGACGCGGAGCGCCCUUGCAGGUGGGACGACGACGGUCAUCGCCUUCGCGGUGCAGAACAGAGGGGCAUCGGUGGCACAAGCAGUCGCCGACUACCACGAGCUUUCCAACGCCCAUGCGCUGUGUGAUUACGGGUUCCAUUUGAUUGUGACCGACCCGACCCACGAGCAGAUGCACGUCGAGCUCCCAAAGCUAGUCGCCGAGGGGAUCACGUCAAUCAAGAUAUACAUGACGUAUGCCGCCCUCAAACUGAAUGACAGUCAGAUCCUUGAUGUUCUCGCCGCCUCGCGCAAGUACGGGGUUACGACGAUGGUGCACUGUGAAAACGCCGACGUCAUUGAAUGGAUGACCCGUAGCCUCGAGUCCCGGGGUAUGACCGAGCCUUGGCACCACGGCACCUCGCGCCCGCCCAUUGUCGAGGCGGAAGCAACGAACCGCGCGCUCGCGCUCGCAGAGCUAAUGGACACCCCGAUGCUCGUCGUGCACGUGUCCGCACCGGACGCGGUGCGCACGAUCCGCCGUGCACAGACGCGGCUGCUGCCUGUGUACGCGGAGACGUGCCCCCACUACGCGCUGCUCGACGGCACGCAGAUGCGGCGCGACGGAUUCGAAGGCGCCAAAUGCGUGUGCUCUCCGCCAUUGCGCGACGACCCCCUGGACAAGGAACGCGUCUGGGAGGGCCUCGCGAACGGGACGUUCACCGUGGUGUCGAGCGACCAUGCCCCGACAAAUUAUCACGACGAGAGGGGAAAGCAGGUAAGCGCGCCUCGCCUUUGUAAGCCCCACCCGCGCGGGACAUUCCGCACGAUUCCAAAUGGCCUUCCCGGCGUCGAGACGCGCACGCCGCUGCUCUGGAGCGAGGGUGUGCUCAAGGGCCGGAUCUCGCCCCAGCGCUUCGUAGAGCUUAAUUCUACCAACGCCGCAAAGCUCUACGGCCUAUACCCCCAAAAGGGCACGAUCCAACCGGGGAGCGACGCUGACCUGAUCAUUUGGAGGCCGGCAGACCAACGCAAGCCCAUUACCAUUGUCAACGAGAAGCUACACCACGCGGUGGAUUAUACGCCAUUCGAGGGCUUCGAAGUUCAAGACUGGCCUCGCUACACGAUUCUUCGCGGCCAAAUUGUCUACGAUGGCUUGUCGAAUGCGGUCACCACUGAGCCUGGGUACGGCCAGUUCCUCAAGCGAGGAAAGAGUUCAUUGCCGUAA